GCGUUGUGAUUGCAGAAAAGGAGCUCGAAGCUUCGAAGAGCCAAGCCGGUAUUGUGGCCCUCAUGGCCGUUGCCCCACCGGGUGUGGACCCUGGACGCUUCAAGGUCAUGAAGAUGGAAGCAGCGCCGCACCUGCAAGAGGAUAAGGGUGAAAG